AUGACUGAGGGAAGGCACAGAAAAGAGCAUGUAAAGAACCCAGUUGAUUAUAUGUUAUUGUUUAUAUCAUAUAUAAUUAUAUGGUCCAUAUUAUUUGUGUAUUGUUUUAUUAGAAAAAUUAAAGAAUUUUAUAAAUUACAGAUAUAUUUUAAAUUACUCUUUUUAAGAAAUAUUGUUCAAGGAAUUUUUAAUAAAUGUACAAUAACACAUGUUAAGAAGUUAUAUAAGAACAUAUUUUUAUCGUUUUUAGCAUUUUUAAAAAAUGAAAAUAAUAGUACCAUUUUAUUAAGUAAACAUAUUAGCAAGGUACCUAAACAUAUUUACAUUGUACUAAAAAUGAGUGAUAUUAUAAUAUUACACAAAAAGAAACUCAUGAAUUAUAUUCUGAACAUACUAAUAUAUUUAUAUGAAUUGAAAGUCCAAUAUGUAACUAUAUAUGUGGCUGACCAUUUUUUUAAUUCCUUAUUUUAUGAUAAUUUGACGCAGGGUUUGUGUGGACAUAAUUUUUACAUGAACAGAGUAAUUCAGUCGACUAGGCAGGUUAGUAGAAACAUCACUAACAGAGGCACCUGCACAUGUAGAGGUUUCAAUAGUAGCAACUGCACUACUGCCAAUGAUGCUAACAGCGAUCGCACUAGUAACAGUUGCACUACUUCCAACUGUGCCAACUGCGGUUGCACCAGUAACCGUUGCUCCACUUCCAACUGUGCUAACUGCAGUUGCACCAGUAACCGUUGCUUCACUUCCAACUGUGCUAACUGCAGUUGCACCAGUAACCGUUGCUUCACUUCCAACUGUGCUAACUGCAGUUGCACCAGUAACCGUUGCUCCACUUCCAACUGUGCUAACUGCAGUUGCACCAGUAACCGUUGCUCCACUUCCAACUGUAAUUGCCCGCAAUGCGAUGCUCACGGCGCACCAGACGAAUUCAUUAUAACAAAAAUGUCCUGUCCUGUUAAUAAUUUUUCCUCUCAAAAGGGAAGAAGAAAGUUCUCAAAAAUGUAUUGCACUUACGAAAAUUUUUCACUCCAUUUAAAAUUUAUGAACAAAUAUUUUUCUCAUGACAAGUUAAUAAACAUAGCUGAGCACAGUAAUAUUACUUCCGAAGGUGAACUAAUAGCUGAAAAUUUUUUACCAAGUACUAAUAAAAGUAUAGAAAACGUAUUAAGGAAAAUGUUUGAUCUUGACAAAAAAGAAUUUUAUGAUAAAAAUGAAAAUUUUUUGAAACAAAUAUGGUAUGUUUUUUAUUAUUUUCCGAAAGAAGUAAUGGGAGCAUUUUUUUGUAAAUUCAAAUAUUUUUAUUGCUUGUUCAAGCAAAAAAUAGCUAGCCUUUUUUCGAAAAUUUUCGAAUUUGUAAAAAUGGAUUUUUCAUUUUUUCGAAGAUUAAUAGCACAAAAAUUCUCUCAAAAUAAGUGGAAAAAAAUAUUGCAUGGACAAACAAAAUGGUCAAAUGGGAUGAUGGACACAAGUAAGCACUUAACCGAGAAUGGAUCUAUAGAUAUAAGGAAAGAAGAAAGACAGCCUGCUGACAAACGUCCUCCUUCCCAAGCUAAAAGUACUUACUUGAGUAGUUCACUAAAUAUUAGUAGCAUACAGAAAAACAGGACACUAAACUAUAACACUCAUGAUGAACUUUUUGAAAGCUGCUUACUACAAAAUGAUGAUAAGUCCGUAGAGAUUAUUAAAAAUUUUAUUAAUAACAACAUUCCUUUGUAUGUAAAGCCCAUAUAUAUAGAUGUUUUUCGUAAUAACUUCAAUGCACUAUAUAAUUAUAUACCUGUUGAUGUAGUUAUUUCCUUACGAAUGGGAUUAAUAGAUUACCUUUUAUCUACACUUAUAUGUUAUAAAACGAAAAAAAAUGUUCCCAAAAAAAAUUGUAUCAAAUUUUUAUUUGAAUAUUUUAGUUCAUUUGUUUUUUUGUACAAUAUUAUUCAUCCAUUUGAACAAAAUGGAAUACAACCAUGGGUCUUAUCAGAUGCAGAAAUUUAUGAAUUUUUUAGUUAUAAUAUUAACUCUGUGAAAAAGGCAAUAAUGUACUACAGCAGUUCGAUGCAAAGGUACGGACGUUAA